AUGCCAGGUUGCAGCCGAACGUCGUGGCUUACAAUGCUGGCAUCAGUGCGUGUGGGAAAGGUGAGCAAUGGCAGCAAGCCCUGUCGCUGCUCAACGAGAUGCGGGAGGCAAAGUUGGAGCCUAACGUCAUCAGUUGCAGCGCUGGGAUCAGCGCAUGUGAGAGAGGUGAGCAGUGGCAGCCGGCUUUGCUGUUGCUCAGCCCUGCGUCUGCUCAGCGAGAUGUGGGAGGCGAAGUUGGAGCCCAACGUCAUCAGCUACAACGCUGGGGUCGCGGCGUGCAGGAAGGAUGGUCAGUGGCAACGGGCGCUGGCGCUGCUCAGCGAGGCGCGGGAGGCGAAAUUGGAGUUAGACGACACGAGCUACAGCGCUGCAAUCAUCGCGUGCAAGAACGGCGGACAGUGGCAGCGGGGUAUGCUGAUUUUCAGCGAGUUGCGGGAGGUGAAGCUAGAGCAAACCGUCACCAGCUACAACGCUGGAAUGAGCGCUUGCGAGGCAGGCGGGCAGUGGCAUCAUGCUCUGUGGCUGCUUAGCGAGAUUUGUGAGGCGAAGCUGGAGCCCGACGUCAACAGCUACAAUAAUGUGAUCGUCGCGUGCGGGGAAGUUCUCCAGUGGCAGCAGGCUCUGUCGCUGCUGAGCGAGAUGCUGGUGGUGAAGCUGGAGCCAAACUCCGUAACUUACGUCGCUGCCAUCUUCGCGUGCAAGAAGGGCGGGCAGUGGCAGCAUGGUCUUUCGGUGUUCAGCAACAUGCGAGAGGCGACGCUGGACCAGACUGUCGUCACCUACAGCGUUGGGAUCGGCGCGUGCGCAAACGGUGCGCAGUGGCGUCGGGCCCUGUGGCUGCUCGGCGAGAUGCAGGAGGUGACGCUGGAGCCAAACGUCGCUUGCUACAGCGCUGGGAUCAGCGCGUGCGACAAGG